UGGCCUCCUUCAAUAUUCUGAUAAUGAUAAUUUUUCUUCACAUUCUGAUACUCUACAUGAUUAUGGACACAUCAAACUCCAGAGAAAAGUUGCCAACAAUUCUUGUUUUUGGUGACUCAACUGUGGAUACUGGAAACAACAACUACAUUCAAACUGUGUUCAAGGGAAAUUUUCUCCCAUAUGGGGAGGAUUUUCCCGGGAAAAUUCCUACAGGUAGAUUUUCUGAUGGGAAACUUGUGCCAGAUUUUCUUGCCAAAUUUCUUGGCAUCAAAGACACUGUUCCUCCUUUCUUGGAUCCUACUUUGUCAGAAAAUGAACUUGUUUCUGGUGUAUGUUUUGCUUCUGCGGGAUCUGGGUUUGAUGAUUUGACAAGUGCUGUAUCUAAAGUGAUCCCGGUUUCUAAACAGAUUGAUAUGUUUAGAGAUUAUAUAAGGAGGGUUAAGGAGAUUGUUGGUGAUGAAGAAAAGGUUAAGAAGAUAAUUAGUAGUGCUUUGAUUGUGAUUAGUGCCGGCACUAACGACUUCAUUUUUAACUUUUAUGAUAUCCCCACAAGAAAAUUGGAAUUUAAUGUUAGUGGGUACCAAGAUUUCUUGUUGAACAGGCUACAAUCCUUCAUCAAGGAAUUAUAUGAGCUUGGAUGCCGUAAGAUGGCGAUUGCUGGUUUGCCGCCAAUAGGUUGUUUGCCUUUACAAAUGACUGCAAAAUUCGAAGACCCAAUUGCUAGAAUUUGUUUGCAGGAUCAGAACACUGAUGCUCAAGCUUACAAUUACAAACUUGCUAAGCUCUUGCCUCAACUUCAAUCACUUCUUCCAAAAAGCAAAAUUGUUUAUGCUGACAUUUAUCAGCCGUUGAUUGAGAUGAUUGAUCAUCCUCAGAAAUAUGGAUUUGUGGAAACAAAGAGAGGGUGCUGUGGAAGUGGAGUUUUGGAAGCAGCAUUUCUGUGUAAUCCACUAACACCAACAUGUGCAAGGCCUGAAGAAUUUCUGUUUUGGGAUAGCAUUCACCCAACUCAGUCUGCCUAUAAACUUAUUUCUGAGCAUCUGGAGAUUGAAGUCUAUUCCAAGUUAAUUAAUCUAUGAUAAUCAUCCUUUAAAUUAAUCACUUACGUAAAUAGAACAUUAUCCAGUGUUAUAAUUACGUCGCACUAACAAUCCCAUCAAAUUGAUGAUGUUAUGAUUAAGUU